UGUGCUUCCGAUCGAGACGGUUCAACAGCAGCAGCAGCAGCAGCAGCAGCAUCAGCAAUUGCAGUAGUCGCAGCCGUCGCAACUUUCAACCAUUUUGUUGACUUUGUUACCGUGUAAAACUGAAGCCAAAUACAUAUCUUACACGCACCACCUCACCGUUGCGAGUGGAAAGCGAGCUGUGAAGAAGCAACCUGUAGAAUAGGUGAAGAGCCAGCCAGCCAGCCAGCAAUCAACGAACCGUCGCCUAUAACCCUCCACACGAACUAUCCACCAACCCAGUAGCAGCAGCAAUGGCCUCCGCAAACCAACAGGAAACCAACAGCGCCGCCGCCGCCGCCGAGUACCCACGUGUCGGGGCCGACUUUAAGAGCGAGCUCGAAUCCUUCCGCCCGGAAACGCUCACCAAGGCGGCCACGCAAGAGAAGAACCCGCUGCCAACGGCAGCCGACGUCCAGAGUGAGCGCGCCCAGCGCAGCGUGUUCGAGGGCAUCGAAUCGUUCGACGCCUCGCAGCUGAAACACGCCGAAACGUGCGAAAAAAAUCCACUCCCGGACCAGGAAGCCAUCCAAGCGGAGAAAGGUGUGAAACGCUUCAUUGAGGGCAUCGAAUCGUUCGACACGUCGCGCUUGAAGCACGCCGAAACGCUUGAGAAGAACCCGCUACCGACGCGUGAAACAAUCGAAGAAGAGAAGCGUGCAUAAGUGGUGCGCGCAAAACCAAUACCAUACUACUACUUCUUUCGCCUGCCCAGAGAGAUAGUGAGCGGGGGGAGCGGAGCGCGCAAAGGCAAGCAAAGCAAGGCAUAAUUUUACCUAUUCAGCAGUACUAGCAGCAGCAGCAGCAACAACAACAGCAGCAAGCAAGCAAGCAAAAGAUCACAUACAGUAGUAGUGCGUCGUUGUUGAGCAACAACGGUACUUCACCACCAGCAGCGUCAUCAUCACAAGCGAAGGCCACCCAGUCCAUCGCACCCACCCCUACACUCCGGGCAACGUAUAAGGGCCGUAAACCACUAGGAAGCUUCCAUCAAGAUACGAACCACCCUUCCAGCAGCACCCCUUAAAGUUAGUUGCAGCGCUCGCGUUGUGUACGUGUGCGUGCUUGUGUUCAUGUCUAUUUGUUCUCACUCGGUUCAUCCCAAACCAUUGCCGCGCAGUGCCCGCGAAGCGUCAUCCUUUAUCCGUUUUUUUUGUUCCUUUUUUCAUACGACCGUCUGGUCUCUGGUCUCCUUCAUCACGACCCACCGAUAUGACGACCGAGUAACCACGAACCAAUGCAAAACACGGUUGCUGUUGGCCAAACCACGCAAUAGAGAUCAUUCUAGAGCCAACGAAAGUUAUCGUCCAGGAGCAAUAGAAGCGACAGAACGAAGGAGUUAGUCCUUUCGGUUCCGAAAUUUAGUAGGCUAUUUAGGGGUGGCUGUUAAAGGGCUUGUUCGACCAGGUCCAGCAUAUGUAUAAUGAUGAGAUUGAGCGAGGACCUUCAAUUUCAGGCCGCGAUCGCUCUCUGACCAAGGCGCGCGAUCAAGGGCGCAUUCCUAGCGCUUGGCGUUAAAGAAAUUGUACGAAAAGCAAAAACAACUCCUCAUAAACACACAAUAACGUUGACACAACUAUAAAAAGAAAAAAAAACUGUAAACUGUUGAUAUUCGUAGUGCGAAGGGAACGAUGCGUGGGAGUUUGUUUGGCAAACACAGCAGCAUUGAGUGCGGUUGGUGUGCGUGUGUGUGUGGUCAGCGCGGAGCGUUGACCGGCCACUACACCACCGUCAGGUUUUCUACUCUCUUCACCACGCGUGAACGCAUUUGAUACCAGCUAAGAUUUUCAUAAUAAAUCGAAUAUUUUUACACUUCUACCAAACUGGCAGUGUGUGGUAGCGGAGGCGUAUGGCGCCUCCAUCGCGCUAGACAUAGGAUGAAAUCUGCAAAGCAAACACUCUACAUACAAAAGAAAUAGGCGUGGGCCAGAAAGCUGACGUUAGUGUCUUAUUGCCUACCGAGGAGUAUGUCCGUCACAGCUGAAAUCGAGAAAGACUAGCUGUCGUCGUCGUCGUAGUAAUUGAUCGUAAAUUUUUGCCGCUUCAAAAGUGCAUACGACAACACCCACACACAACACGCAACACGCCAUUCGGUGGUAGCCACUCGGGUUGCGGAUAGCCACUAAGAUCCAAAAAGGAAAAAAAAAACAUCGAAAAUCAAAAUUGAAAAUUAAACAAGUCACACAGCGGCACAAGCGCAAGCGGGAAGCGCGGUCAGUGUUAGUUCGGAGCAAUUCCAAAUCAAAUAAAGGCCCCUUGCGUGCGGACGGGGGGGGGGUCGGUGGCUAUAACGCCGCGUACUGCCUAAGGCAAUGUGUGACAUUAUUAUACAUUUUAUACUAACCAUCUCCAACGCAGAACCCAGGGCACAACGACUCUUGGCCUUGUGAUGCUCCUUGUGAUGCAAAACACGGAAGAAAAUCGAAGACGAAAGCGACGUGACGGCCAAAGGGAUGUUACGAACGAACGAACACAUUCACGAUAUACCAGAUUCCAGGCAGAACGGAUGAAAGACAGACCGUCAGGGAAAAGGGAGAGAGAGAAAGAAUGAAAGCGACAGGGUUAGCGGUAAACAGAGAGAGAGAAAGAAAAAGAAAUUCGGGGCACCCAUUCGGUUACCAGAACGAUCCGCCCCCCACCACCCAACCAACAUAAUAACUGCUACAGUGAUGCAACACGGACACACGAAACUGACGAGACUGACGCAGAAAGGAAAGGUUACUUCAAUCUGCUAAUUUGAUGUUUGGCCGGAUUUUGAUGCCUUUUCUGUUCCCAGAUGGCAUUUAGCAACGGGCAGAGUGUGCAGAGAGUUUUAAUUAUCACCACAAUAAGACAUAAAAUAGAUACCGGGAGCGUGAGCGAGCGUUUGACAGAGAGAGUGUGAAAGAUAAGUAAUAAGUAAUACCAGACGUUGCGUUUAACAACACUUUAACAGCGCUCCGUUAUCCGUAAGCGCGAGCGCGUGCAACCCAUCUUAUGCUGCACGUUGCCCGAAACCCCGCAGAACAGCAGAACAGCUCCGGUGCGCGGUCUUCGGUAACUCUUUCAUCCUCCCCCCGGGUAGUGACCGGAACCGGGGCCAACAUCAACCACCAAUUUUCCAUUUCUAAUAACGGCCAAAACGCGCGAUCGAUCUGUGCUGUGGAAGGACGAAGUAUACAUACGUUCGUCGCGGAAGGGCGCACACGGGGCCCGAUCUAUAUAUACCUCUUGUCGUAUCGAGUUUAGAAGGAAAACAAAACCAAAAGUGGCACUCAGUAUUGUCGAAAGACAUAGAAAAAGGAAGGGGAGGAUGGUCUACGAGAGUACAGCAGCGUUCUCCAGCAUCGCGCAGAGUCGCGCGUUCCUUCCAUCAGGGUUUUUAGCUUCCCGUUCGCGGUGUUUACGCUCUCUAGAGUUCAGCCAAUUAUUUUUUGUGGUCUUUCAUAUUAGUGUAUUUAUUUUUGGGAAAAUCAAUCUAACGUUUUGUCUAAUUUAUUUGUCUCUCGUUGUUUGGCGUUUAACUUUGUACUUAUCCGCGGAGGGUGCGAACGAGAAAUGUCCACACAAAUGGGCACACAAGCGGAAAAGGGCCACACCUAGCGCACCAGGGCCGCCGCGCGGGCACCUUCUGACUGACUGACGGAUCGUGAGACUCUCGUGACUCGGACGAGCUGUCGAUCAGAUGGGAGCGGACGAAAGGACCGCGCGAAGAGCAAAGAUUCAGAACAGGGAACAUACGUAGAAGUGAAGCAAGCAGCAAAAGAAGGUGAACGGGAAAACGGCAAGUUUUCAGACAGGCUGGACAGGCUGCUGGUGUACGCGUAUGUCUCGUGACCAGUAGCUCACCCUUCCCUCCGCUCUUUUCCUCAACCCCCGGGGGGAUGUGUGAAGGCUGAGGCUUCCGAGUGUGGGGGUUGUUAGACAUCGCGACUGGUGUCCGGUGUGCGCGCGCGGCACAGGAGACGCAACGAAAAGACGAUUUUGCAACGGCAUAAAUGUACUACUACUGCUAUAAUCCCUAUCUACUACCGAAAAUGGAUCAAAUAAACAUUCU